UCUGAUUGACUUUUGUCAUCAGUGUGCUUUCCUUCGCCGUGUAGUAAUAUUAAAUCGUUUGCGAUGAGAAAAAUGCAGAAGUUAUCGUUAAUAUUAGUGCUAGCAAUUUUAGCUGGGUAUCAAAUCGAACUAGUGGCCGCUCAUGCGGAUCAUGAUCCGGAUUACUGGAAUCAACAGGCUCAUGAUCUGCUGUUCGAAAAGAAGGAUUAUACCAUGCAAAAAAUUAAUAUCGCCAAAAACAUCAUGAUAUUCAUAGGGGCCGGAAUGUCACAGGCAACCAUCACAGCAGCUAGAACAGUGAACGGAGGCGAAAAUGCCACAUUUUCCUUCGAGAAGCUCAAAUGGAGUGGUAAUGCAAGGACAUAUUGCGUUGAUAGUCGGGUGCCGGAUGAGGCUUGUGCUAGCACAGCAUUUUUGACCGGAGUGAAGGGGAACUUGGGUACCGUGGCUGUCCAUCCGACUGUCAAUAGGGGUGACUGUGUUACAACUGGUGACAAAACGAAACAACUGGAAUCUGUAGCUAAGUGGGCUCUGGACUCCGGAAAAGUGGUCGGUCUCGUUACAACAGCACGUGUAACGGCCGGUUCAAAUGCAGCUUUGUAUGCAAACUCUGGUGAUAAGGAUUGGGAAAAUGAUGCGGCAGUGUCUCAGGCUGGAUGUAACACUAACGAGGUCAAAGAUAUAGCAUAUCAGCUAAUCCAUGGAGAGAUUGGAAAACAAUUUAAGGUCAUUUUGGGAGGAGGAAGAAAAAACUUUAUUCCAACCACCGAAACGGAUAAAAGUGGUGCUGCUGGCCUACGAACCGACGGUAAAAACCUUAUCGAGGAGUGGAAACAAUCCAAAACUGGAAAUCCAGUAUACAUAACAACUUUAGCUGAGCUGGGUGCGUUGAACACUACUAACAUCGACUAUCUUCUGGGACUAUUCGAUUACGACCGGCUACCGUACGCGGCUGACAUCGGCGAGGGUCGAAACGAGGACACUCCUCCGCUGGUUAGAAUGGUUCACUACUCGUUGGAGAUGCUACAGAAAAAGGAGCAUACCGAGGGUUUCCUGCUGCUGGUGGUGGACGGAAACAUACAGGAGGCUCACCGGAAGAACAAACCGUACAAAGCUUUCGAACAAGUGCGACAUUAUUCCACGGCAAUCAACAUGGGCGUCAUGAUGGUUUCGGAGACGAAUACUCUGGUGUUGUCGAUGAACGACGUCGGUAGUACACUGUCACUUCCUGGAUAUCCGGCGCGUGGUACCGAGAUUCUGACCGCUGCAGGCACCAGUGAUAUAGAUUCGAAACCCUACCUUAGCCUUUCCUACGCAGUCGGACCGUCGUAUGAUUCCUAUUACCAGCCAGCUGAGGGUCGUUUGAAUCCACUGACGGUGCUGCAGGGCACAGCAGAACAGAAAGAACAAACGUGCAGCGCUGCCGUCCCAAUGAGCGCGGGAGUAACCGGCGGGGAGGAUGCUUCCGUCUAUGCCAGUGGGCCGUGGGCGUUCAUGCUGUCCGGAGGAUACGAACAGAACUUUAUCGCGCACGCUAUCACAUUUGCAUCCUGUAUCACGGAUGUUUGCGAUGGGGUUUCCAGCGUUGUCGUGUCCACCUCAGUGCUGCUGUUUGCGAUCAUCGUGAAGAUAUUAGCUUAGGACAUCCACGCCGAGGCAGACCACAGGAAUUUACUCCACUAUAUAGACCUUUAGGAAGAAUUUUGUUGAAAUGAAUGUUAAAAAUUCGUUUGGAUUUUUUAUAGGGAUUUGUAAAAUAUAUGGUUUAAUUGCGAAAA